GAACGUGAGUCAGGACCUCGGAGGACGCACGUUUGCGUAGAACAGGUUGUAAAGGGUAAAUAAAGUGAAACAGACAUGUUUGCGUUAGCGUCCAUCCUGAGGACGAGCAGCUUUCGGUCCUGCAGCCGGUUGAGCUGCCUAAGGAAACCUCCGCUCCACAGAAACUGCUCUAAAAUGUCGUCAGACUCCCAUUGGCUGAGCCCGGCAGACCGGGAUCAGCUGGUGAUGGAGCUCCGGGCGACGGGCUGGAUGGAGGUGGAGGACCGCGACGCCAUCUUCAAGGAGCUGCACUUUAAAACUUUUAAUCAGGCGUUUGGCUUCAUGUCUCGAGUCGCUCUGCAGGCGGAGAAGAUGAACCAUCAUCCUGAGUGGAUCAACGUUUACAAUAAGGUCCAAAUUACUCUGACCACUCAUGACUGCGGAGGGAUUUCUAAACGGGACGUCAAAAUGGCCAAAUUUAUUGACAAAAUUGCACUUUCAAUGUAAUGCCAGACUGACGUGCCGUUUUUAGUAAUUCAGAGUUUUUCCAUCAUUCUUUUGUUUUCUGCCAAUAAAAUGUGUGAAAAUGGACCAAAAUGAGGUUCUUCCUUCAGA